CGUGCGUGCGUAGGAGGCCCUUGUUCUCCCCUCCCCCUCCCCUUGGGCGGUGGAAACCACUAGGCUUGCGGCACCCCCUGCCUCCACCUCGAAGGAGACUUCGGUGGGAGUCAGGAGUUCGUCGCCAGGGGCAGGACGACGCCGGCACGCAAGGGGCGAAGGGGAACACCAUGCAGAGCUAAAGUGUGCGUGCGUCUCAGUCGAGGUUUCAGGAAGUCCGAACUGACUCCAGGAGAACGCCAUUUUUCAGCGCUCAAGACAGGAUCCAAAUGAAGAUACAGAAUGGAAUGAAAUUUUAAGAGAUUUUGGCAUUCUUCCUCCAAAAGAAGAGCCAAAAGAUGAAAUUGAAGAGAUGGUUUUACGUUUACAGAAAGAAGCAAUGGUUAAACCAUAUGAAAAGAUGACUCUUGCACAGUUAAAGGAAGCUGAAGAUGAAUUUGAUGAAGAAGAUAUGAGAGCUAUUGAAAUAUAUAGAGAAAAGCGGUUACAGGAAUGGAAAGCUCUUAGGAAAAAACAAAAAUUUGGGGAAUUAAGAGAAAUUUCUGGAAAUCAGUACGUGAAUGAAGUCACAAAUGCAGAAAAAGAUGUACCAGUUAUAAUUCAUUUAUACAGAUCAAGCAUCCCAAUGUGUUUGUUGGUUAACCAGCAUCUUAGUCUUCUGGCAAGAAAGUUUCCAGAAACUAAAUUUGUUAAAGCCAUUGUGAAUAGCUGUAUUCAACACUACCAUGACAAUUGUUUACCAACAAUUUUUGUUUAUAAAAACGGUCAGAUAGAAGGCAAAUUCAUUGGAAUUAUAGAAUGUGGAGGGAUAAAUCUCAAGCUAGAAGAACUUGAAUGGAAACUAGCAGAAGUUGGAGCAAUACAGACUGAUUUAGAAGAAAACCCCAAAAAAGACAUUUUAGAUGUGAUGGUAUCUUCAAUUAGAAACACUUCUAUUUAUGAUGACACUAAUAGUUCAAACAGUGAUAAUGAUGAUACCAAAUAGAAAUAUUUAAUAAAUAGCUUCAAAGUAUUUAUAUACU